CACAAUAGAAAACAAAUAGGGAAAUCAACAAACAGCUGAUUCAAUAAACAUUUAUAAUCUAAUCAUUUUACUAUUCCAACAUAUAUAGAGGACUAUUAAAAAUUAAGUUGUAGGUUUAUACUACUUACAAGUGUAUAUUGAUGGUCUUUUCGUGUCUUACAAUUUACAUUGUAUAAUGAUUCUAUCAAAGACAGCAAUAUCUGUGUUAUGUGUUCUUUUGUUGUUAUCAAUAAUGAUGUCAAGUUUCCUUAAUUCUAUUGCGACUGACCACAAUUUUUAUACUGAAAGUAAGAAUGAGGGCCUGAACCACACAAAUUACCUUGGUAGUAAAUACGGUCCAGUUGGUGAUGAUACUAAAAAUUUAAUUUGGUUCUUACAAAUCUCUGACAUACAUAUAAGUAUAUUCCGUGAUCCAGGCCGAAUAUCACAAUUUCAACAGUUCUGUGACAGUACUAUAAGAAAGAUUAUGCCACUCUUAGUUUUAGCAACGGGUGACUUGACUGAUGCAAAAGCCAAAGACAACCUAGGUAGUUCGCAAGUCAAAACAGAGUGGGUAUAUUAUCAUAAUAUUAUUAAGGAAUCGGGAGUUACUGAAAAUACAGUAUGGUUAGACAUCAGAGGAAAUCAUGAUAAUUUCAACAUCCAAACCAUAAAUUCUAAAGAGAAUUACUUUAGAAAUUUUUCUGUGCAAGGACCUACUCACACAAAAUCAUAUGUGCAUUUUGAAGACAAGAAUGGUGUCAAUGUUGCUUUCUUGGGUAUUGAUGCUUGUCCAGAUCCAGGUCUAAGAAGACCUUUCAACUUUAUAGGAAUUUUAGAUAUGCAAGAACAACAACAUAUACAGAAAUUAAAAGCAGAAGCUGAUGUUAGAGCUGACCAUAUUAUUUGGUUUGGGCAUUAUCCAACAUCAUGUAUAUUGACUUUAGAAAAGGAUUCUCAAAGAUUGAACCUACGAGAACUAAUGGGUAGCAGCCCAAGCUCGCAGGUAUAUGUUUGUGGGCACUUGCAUUCUAUGGGAGGUUUGGUUCCAAAAAUGUAUACUAAACAGAAAAAAGGCUAUUUAGAACUGGAGUUAGGGGAUUGGAAAGACAACAGAAUGUUUCGAUUGAUUGCUAUAGAUCAUGGUAUUUUCUCAUUUGUGGACCAAAAACACAAUGCAUGGCCACUUGUUUUGGUGACCAAUCCAAAACAUGCACAGUAUAUGAUGCCUGGGCGGGAACCUCUUCAAUUGAUUCCUCAAUCAACUCAUAUUAGAAUAUUAGCUUUUAGUGAUGUCAGCAUUAUAGAGGUAAAAAUUUCUUUUGACCAAAUUAGUUGGAUGAAAUGCAAACAUACAAAAGGACCACUGUAUGUCUGCCAGUGGUUACCACACCUUUUUCUAAAAGGUUUACACAUUUUACAUGUAAUAGUUAUAGAUGAAAUUGGCAAAGAAGCAGUAGUUGAACAUCCAUUCUCAUUAGAUGGGUCUCUAGUUAAUUUUGAUGUAACUCCAAGAAUUCUACUUAUGAUGGAUGCUGGUGUUUUGUUUCAGGGAAUAUUUGCAACACUUAUUUUGGUUAAUAUUCUGCCUUUAAUAAUCUUACGACUGCAGAAACGUCCACCAAAAUAUCAUAGAAGAUUUGGUAGCCAUGUUCUUAGACGAAUUUGGCUACUCACCAAAAUCGACAGAAUUUUUUAUCCACUUAUAUUAUACACAGUUUAUUUGCCCUUUGGACCAUGGGCGAUUGGUAAUUUAAUAGAUGAUCAUAUAGGAGUUGUUUUUGCUUGGGGCAUCGUAAUAAGGGGUGCAUUUUUGCCAGAGGCCUUUACUUACAUGUAUGGUAGUGUCCAACUAAUGUUUGUACAAAUACCACUUAUUUUUGUACUUGCACAUUGUUUGGAAAAUAGACUAUUUUAUCAUCAUGUUAGAGGUUUAAAACGAUUAAUAAAGAAUCUGCCAUUCAUUUUUCUUUUAUCCAUACAGUUACUGUUAGCCUAUUUCUUUUGGCUGGAGUAUGGCACAAUGGCAUUUAUGUUUGGUCCAUUGAGAACCUGGAGUAUUCCCUUGAGUGUAUACUUGUGGUUAAAAACUACAAAUCUACCCCCAGAUUAUGGCAGAAAACUGAUAAACUUAAAUAAUUUGUCAUCAUAGUAAUUGUGUGGCAAAGUAUUUGAAAUUUCGGAAUGUAUUCCAAAGAAUUGAUGUGUUAGUGCUUAAUAAUUAAAUUGUUCGCCCAGAAGAAUGUAAAAUACCUAAUUUUAUCGAACAAGUGAAACUCAUGUUACAUGUUAGAUGUUAAGAGGCUUUAGCCGCUUAAAAUAAUUGUUUACGCCAAAGUUUGUACUAAAGCACAUUCCUACUCAUUUGCGUUUUAUGUAUUUUAUAAUUUGAUAUUCGCGCCUAGUACCGCGAUGCGCAUGACACAUGAACACGUCACUAAAAACAAUAGUUGUAAAUGUUUGAACUGCUAAAAUAUCAGGUGUCGUCCGCAUCAUGCUACAACGCGCGGAGUAUACGUUGAAUUUACCUAUGUAAAUUGAUAGUUGGAGUAACUACCUAAAGCUGUGAUAAUUUUACAACUAAUAGUCAAUCUCCAAUUAUUUGUAUAAUGAAUAUUGCAUUAAGUACUUAUUUAAUAAGUAUAACAACAUGUAGUAUUUUAACAUUAAAUUAUUCUGUAUUAUUAGUAUAAAUUGACUAAGUAUCAAAACAACCUAGUCAGUUUGAAAUAAACAUGACUAUUUAAAUUAACUGGGUAUAUUUUUUCUUUUAAUUUGUGAAAUGAACUUUAAUAGAAAUUAACAAACGUAAUAUGAACUUUUUAGUGUCUUAAUAUUAAUAAUGUAUAUACCCAUCUAUUUAGCAUAACAUGAAACUGGAGAAAUAAUUGUAUUGUGUAUUUUUCUAAAAACACUUUUUAUUCAAGUAUAAAUGUAUAGAUAUAUUUUCGUAUAAUACUUUGUAAGAUUACCUACGUAAAACAAUGCUUGGAAUAGGUGAGUAAUUCAUAAAUGUAUAGUAUUUUCUUAUACUUCUUUACGGUGUAUAACUUAUGGAUAUUUUUUCUCUAUACAAAGUUAUACAGAAUAGAAAUAACCUUUAAUGGUCACUUAACAUUUUAAUGGCUUAGAACUCGCGUUAGAAUCCAGUUACAUUAUAUUCGUGGUGAUCGUUGCCACUUGUACUUAAUUUUUACCGCGAAUUAUAAAUGGUAUUAUAUGCUAGAUUACUGAUAAAAAUAUAUACUCAGGAUCACCGUAGCUAUUAGAAAACAAAAGAGAUGACAACAGCGCUACAGUCGCCGAGUUCGCAUUUCAUACAGCAUUUAUUGAAAUAAAAUAAACUAGGUUCUUUUCUUCUGUAUUAGAUUUUGAUUUGUUAUAUAUGGUGGUUCAUAUCAAUAUCUCAAUGGAGUUUAUAAUGGUUAUAGUAAGCCAGGGUACUGGCAUAGAUAAUAUCAUGAAAAGGUGGAAAAUUUGUAAAAAAAAUCUUUCAUAACAGAUAUAGAAUGUCCACCUCAAAAUAAUUAAAUAACACAUAGAUACACUAUCCGAGUUACUAUCUAGUAGAGUAGGAGAGUAUGAAAAUAUCUAUAGUAACGUAAGGAGGUAGACAAUUAAGAACUACUGACUGGACUUAUUCCAAACAUUGUAAACAGCACAUGUGUAUAAGAACACUAUUUAUAACAAAUAGUAGUGAAAAUGUUUAUUAUCAAAUAUAAGUUGUCGUUUUAGCUAAUAGCCGUAUUAUGAUAUAGAGGCGUUAUGUAAUGUUAUUGCAAAUUAAUAUCUAAGCUACGUUCGCUGAUGCAUUGUAUCAAAACUUGACGUUAAAUUAAAUCUCCACUAAUUUAAUAUUGGCCGUGUUACGAAAUCUGCAGCCGUAUUAUAGAAUUUAUCGCCAAGAUAAGUUUUUUAAUUAAUUAAGUUAAAAUUUAAAAAAACAAAACGCUAUUUAUAAAUAAAAUGUUCAGCUCUAUUUUACUAUACAAGUUAUAUAAACCUGUAAAUGCUACCAAUUAAUUGUGAAAAGUAACGAACUUACUAGAUGAUAAGUAGGCGCAGACCGGUCCUUAACAAAAAUGUAAAGAUAUUAGAAGGAAUAUUGUAGGUGGUGCUGCUAUUAAAUAAAUAUCAGCAAUGAUAACACUUCAUGAGUAUUUUAAUGUUUUAAGUUAUUAAAAAUAAUUACGUCUGCUUUACAAUAGAUAUUUACAAUAUUUAAACCGUAAGUAUACAACAAUAUUAACAUUAUAAGGCUGUGAAAUGACAAAGUUAUUCAGAAAGUUAUCUAAAAUAAUAUUAUUUUUCGGAACAUUUAAAAUCGUAUUUGCCUAGCUAAUACACUGAUAUACAUAUAGGCUUCUAGCAUUUAGAUACAAAGUGAAUAUUUUUAAUACGUUCUAAAAAAAUAUUACACAGUGGCAAGACGAUUUUUUAUUACUUGGCUGUGCUUAUAUCGAGAUAACUGGUAACAAGCUCUAUCCAGUUUAUGGGUUUAAGAAAGACAAACAGUGCUAUUUCUCAAGUUACUAAAUGGAACUUGUGAUAUCUUUUGAACUUGUAACAUUAACGAACGAAUUUUUCUAUUACGUACGUCUUAGUUGUAUGGUUAUUGUUCGUAGACUGAUAUGAACCGCUCCAGCUUUAUAUCGGUAAUGUUUUAUGCGUAGAAGUACCUAUGUGUAUUAGUUUAUAAACAUGGACUAGAAAUUAGAUGGACGUGACAAUUUGUUAAUUUACAUUUGAUUGGGUUCUGACUAUAAUACCUAUAUGUUUAUUGUUUGUGAUGUACAUUUUGUUUAUUUUGAGUAUGUAUUAAAGAGACACUGCACUGUAGCGGGCAACGUAGUAUAGUAAAUAAAACAAUUGAACGUUUUCUUAUUAAGGUCCGCACGCAGCACACAGUGCAGGAUAAGAGACAUAAUAAUAAUAUCUUAGCCCUUUGGAAUGGAAAGCUGUUCAUGUAUAUUGACCAUGCUUAUGACUUAUCAUAUGGCGGGUAGUCACAGAAGUCGCUUGUUUGUCACAUCAUUUAUAUAAAAGAAAAUUUGUCACGUAAUUCAUUGUAUCAUAUAAGUCACAAACAGUUCGUGUCGUGCAAUAUUGUGCUCGCGUCAUGUUGCGUUGCCUCACUACCGUUCAGUGUUCGUAGUGAAGUCAGAUCUUUAUUAAUGAAAUAUUUGUGUAAUUAAUAUUGAACGAUUAAUUCCUCCGUAAUUAUAUAUGAUUGUAUUCAGUUCAGAAAUAUAAAAAUUAUUAGCACCAUAAAGUUUUUAUUGUCAAGAGUCAAUUGUAACAAUUUGCUUUAGCAUAUUUGUUACUUAUAGAUGUUAUCAUAAUAGUCAUAUAGUCUAGUCUAUAGUAUUAUCUAUUAAUCUAGUUUUUCAUCAUAAAUACUCAAGAACAACAUGCUUCUUUAAUUAUCGCUGAAAUCAGCUUUAUGCAUUGUUAUUUCAAAGAUGUAAAAAUAAGUCCAAUUCACGGCAACAAAAUACACAAUAAAUACCUACGUCUAUUAUUUAGUUGUAUUAUUUAUUUUCAUAGAGAAACACGUUUCUGAUAACGAUUAAGUGUAGGACAUAACGCAAUUUUAUUGCUUAAAGACUAUUCUUAAAUAGUCUAAAUUAUAGAAAGAUUAAAUAAUUAUUAUACAUACAACAGCUUUAUUACUUGAAUAUAUUUUCGCUAUCAUAACUUGUAAUGUACUUAAAUGCAAUUAUAUAAUCUUAUAUUUAUUAAAAUAAUAGAGAGACCAGUCUUAAACAGUUGUUAAAUAUUAAAUGUUAAUAAAUAACUAAAAAAAUCUGUUCAUUCAACCACGCUGUAACCCUGUUAUCCUAAUACCUUAAUAGGUAAUAUGUAAGUACCUAAAUAAUAUAUUAUUCUCCCAAUAUUUAGUCAUCUAACCACUUUUGUCUAUUAUUAUAACAGAACUAUUAAACGAAACAAAUACCUAAAAAAGACAGUUUAGUACAGGAGCGUUUAUAAGUUUUUAUUUGGUUUCACUUGUUAGUAUAAUAUAGAUUAUUUAUAUUUGAAACUGUUUCUGUUAU